CGAGAAAGAGCGCAUUUCACUGUGCGAUAAACAGCGGUUGAGCUACUGAGAGGAGAGGAGACAUUCGGACACAUUGCUUCUCUACUUGGAAAAUAUAUGGUCUAAUUCAGCAGAACUGUCCAUCAGGUCCUAUACAUCUCAAGGAUUAUACUUUAAAUUCCUCUUUGUGUAGCCUAUUACGGAGAGGACGCACGCCCGGAGGAGAGUAGAGGUGGUAUCGGGACUGAGAAGGAAAGGAAUUGUAUUCUUUCUGAAGUGGAUCGAGAGAACCAAGUGGUUGCUAUUUUCGAAGACAGAAAUGCCAAUGACCAGGGGACCUAGAGAGACUGUCACUAUGAUUGUGUGAGCUCCUAGCCAUCGAGCGGAGUGGGAGUGUCGGUAGGAGAACAGAGGCGAGAGGAGUGCCUACACCUGGACUAUGGCGCCGCACCACCGGCGGGCAGAAUAUCCCCUCGCCAGGGGGGCCGUGCUUACCCUGCUCCUGGGCUGUCUGGCCCUGCCAUCACCAUCCCAUGCAGACAGCAUGCCCAGUUUCAUCAAGUCUCCAGAUGACCAGACAGGUAUUUCGGGAGGCGUGGCAUCCUUCGUAUGCCAGGCGGUGGGCGAUCCCAAGCCACGCAUCACUUGGAUGAAGAAGGGCAAGAAAGUCAGCUCUCAGCGCUUUGAGGUGAUAGAGUUUGACGACGGCUCAGGGUCCGUCCUGCGUAUCCAGCCCCUGAGAACCCACAGGGACGAGGCCAUCUAUGAGUGUACUGCCAUCAACAGCGUGGGAGAGAUCAACACCAGCGCCAAACUCACCGUCCUGGAAGAGGACCAGAUUCCCCAUGGGUUCCCCACCAUAGAUAUGGGACCCCAGCUGAAAGUUGUAGAGCGGACCCGUACAGCCACCAUGCUGUGUGCUGCCAGUGGCAACCCCGACCCAGAGAUCUCCUGGUUCAAGGACUUCCUCCCUGUAGAUAUCAACAGCAGCAAUGGAAGAAUCAAACAGCUCCGCUCAGGAGCUCUCCAAAUAGAAAACAGCGAGGAGUCGGACCAGGGCAAGUACGAGUGUGUGGCGGUCAACAGCGCCGGGACCCGCUACUCGGCUCCAGCCAACCUAUAUGUGAGAGUGAGGCGUGUGCCACCCCGGUUCUCCAUCCCUCCCAACAACCACGAGGUGAUGCCGGGUGGCAGCGUGAACCUGACGUGCGUGGCGGUGGGAGCACCCAUGCCCUACGUCAAGUGGAUGAUGGGGGUGGUAGACCUGACUAAGGAAGAAGAGAUGCCCAUUGGGAGGAAUGUUUUGGAGGUCACCAACAUUCGCCAGUCUGCCAACUACACCUGCGUGGCGAUAUCGUCGCUUGGUAUGAUCGAGACCACUGCACAGAUCACCGUCAAAGCCCUGCCCAAGCCCCCCACCUCCCUGAUUGUGACGGAGACCACAGCCACCAGCGUCACUCUGACCUGGGACUCCGGGAACCCUGAGCCUGUGUCCUACUACGUCAUCCAGUACCGGGCCAAGGUCUCUGACAACGGCUUCCAGGAGGUUGACGGAGUAGCCACCACCCGCUACAGCAUCGGAGGGCUCAGCCCCUACUCUGAGUAUGAGUUCCACGUCAUGGCGGUGAACAACAUUGGGCGUGGCCCUCCCAGCAGCCUCGUGGACACCAGAACCAGUGAGCAGGCUCCCUCCUCUCCACCGCUGGCUGUACAGGCUCGCAUGCUCAGCGCAUCCACUAUGCUGGUCCAAUGGGAGCCUCCCGAGGAGCCUAAUGGACAGAUCAGAGGUUACCGGGUGUACUAUAGCUCUGACCUCGGAGCCCCGCUGAGUGCGUGGCACAAACAUAACACUGAUGACAGCAGACUGACCACCAUCUCAGGGUUGACCACAGAUAUCACCUACAGCCUCAGGGUGCUGGGGUUCACCUCUGUAGGGGACGGACCUCCGUCUGAUGUACUGCAGGUCAAAACCCAGCAGGGAGUACCAGCCCAGCCGUCUAGCUUCGAGGCAGAGGCAGAGUUGGACACCCGCAUCAUGUUGUCGUGGCUGUGGCCUGUCCAGGACCAGAUCACCAAGUACGAGCUCAUGUACUGGGAGGCUAACUCUGGCAAUAAGCUCCACGUGACCUUCCUUCCAGCGGGGUCCUAUGCUGUGGAGGGUCUGAAGCCAGACACCCUCUACAUGUUCUCCCUGGCUGCUCGCUCUGAGAUGGGUCUUGGCGUCUACACCCAACUUAUUGAGGCCAGGACUGCCCAGUCCACCCCCUCAGCCCCGCCCCAGGAGAUAGUCCUGCUGAGCCUCAGCUCCACCAGCAUUAAGGUGAGUUGGAGAGCGCCCCCUGCAGCCAGCCGCCAUGGGGACAUCGUCCGCUACACACUGGCCUACAAGGCCGCAACUGGAGAGGACCUGGAGCGCCACGAGUUGUCGGACAUCGGGGCAGACGUCUCUAGUUACAUACUGGAGGGCCGAAAGUGGUCAGAAUACCAGGUGUGGGUCAGGGCUCACACGGACGUAGGCCCAGGCCCAGAGAGCCCUGCAGCCCGGAUCAGGACCAAGGAGGAUGUGCCCGGAGCCCCUCCCAGGAAGGUGGAGGCUGAUGCCCUGAACUCUACAGCCCUGAGGGUGAUGUGGAAGCCCCCCCUCCAGGUGAAACAGCAUGGGCAGAUCAGGGGGUACCAGGUGGUCUUCUCACGACUGGAGAAUGGAGCGCCACGAGGCCAGCCCAACAUCAUGGACGUCUCCCUACCCGAGGCACAGGAGACUGUCAUAACAGGCCUGCUCCCUGAGACCACCUACUCUGUCACUGUGGCAGCCUACACCACCAAGGGAGAUGGGGCACGCAGUAAGGCCAAGGUGGUCACCACAACAGGAGCAGUCCCAGGCAGGCCCACUAUGAUGAUCAGCACCACCAUCGGUAACACAGCCCUCAUCCAGUGGCAACCUCCGAAGGAGAUGGUGGGAGAGCACAUGGGCUACCAGCUGCAGUACAAACGCAUGGAGGAGGAGUCGUUCACCGUAAAAGACUUCAAGAAGAUAGAAGACCACUUCACCGUCACCGGCCUGCACAAGGGCGCCACCUACAUCUUCAAGCUCUGUGCCAAAAACCGGGUGGGCAACGGGGAGGAGUACGCAAAGGAGAUUACCACGCCAGACGAUGUGCCCAGUAGCUACCCCCAGAACCUGAGCGUUGUGGGCCUGACCACCACCACAACCAAGCUGGCCUGGGAGCCUCCGGUGCUGGCUGAGAGGAACGGGAAGAUUGUCCAGUACGUUGUGGUGUACAGAGAUAUCAACAGCCAGCAGAACCACACCAACAGCACGACAGAGACCCAGAUGACCAUCAUGGGGCUGCAGCCUGAUACCACCUAUGAUAUCAGGAUCAGGGCAUUCACCAGCAAGGGAGGGGGACCAAUCAGUCCUAGUAUACAGAGCAGGACCAUGUCUACCGCCAUGCCAGAGUUCACCAAAAACUUUGGUGUGAAAGCCGUGAUGAAGACGUCAGUGCUGCUGACUUGGGAAGUGCCAGAAACAUACAAGUCUCAAGUGCCUUUCAAAAUACUGUAUAACCAGCAGAGUGUGGAGGUGCAGGGGAACCUGAAGAGGAAGCUGAUCACGAGGCUGCAGCCAGACACAGACUACAGCUUUGUGUUGAUGUCUAGAGGGAACAGUGCUGGGGGUCUACAGCAGCAGGUCUCCAUCAGGACCGCCCCGGACCUGCUCAAGACCAAACCCAUCCAAUACCAACACGACCCAGAGGAGGGGGGCAAGCUCACCAUCACCCUGCCCAAAGUCCCCACCACCGCCCCUGUCAGAUAUUACUACAUAGUGGUGGUUCCUGUCACACCAGCCACACUACACAGGUGGGAGAACCCUGAAGAUAUGGACUUGGAUGAGCUCCUGGAGGCUAGUUCUGACCAGAGCCUGAAGAGGAGACAGACCCAAGAGUUCCUCAGACCCUACAUCGCUGCCAAGAUGGAUGCUCUCCCAGACACCUUCCCUCUAGGAGACGAGAAGAAGUACAACGGCUUCUACAACAAGCCUCUACCGGGCCAGCAGCAGUACCUCUGUUUCGUACUGGCUGCCCUCAAAGGCCACGAAUCUCAGAAGACGUUUGCGGCCAGCCCAUACUCGGACCCCAUCACAGUGAAGCUCCACAGCGGUAUGGCUCGCCAUGCUGAGGACCCAGAGAUGCUGUGGGUCAUGGGCCCUGUCCUGGCCGUCGUACUCAUCAUCAUCAUCGUCAUCGCUAUCCUGCUCUUCAAGAGGAAACGAGCAUCUCCCUCUGCCAAGGAUGAGCACUCUGUUGGGGUGAAGGACUCUCUGCUGGCCCACUCCUCUGACCCUGUGGAGAUGAGACGACUUAACUACCAGACACAAGGGAUGAUGGAGCACCCUUUCAUCUCCACCACUGAUCUUGCUAACCACAUCGAGCGACUUAAAGCCAACGACGGACUCCGCUUCUCACAGGAGUAUGAGUCCGUAGACCCUGGCCAGCAGUUCACGUGGGAACACUCUAACCUGGAAGUAAACAAGCCAAAGAACCGCUAUGCAAAUGUCAUCGCCUACGACCACUCCAGGGUCAUCCUCACCUCCGUCGACGGAGUGCCAGGUAGCGACUACAUCAACGCUAACUACAUAGACGGCUACAGGAAGCAGAACGACUACAUCGCUACACAGGGCCCGCUUCCUGAAACCCUGAGUGACUUCUGGAGGAUGGUGUGGGAGCAGAGGACCAACACUAUUGUCAUGAUGACCAGGCUGGAGGAGAAGUCAAGGGUGAAGUGUGACCAGUACUGGCCCAGUCGGGGUACAGAGACCUAUGGGAUGAUCCAGGUGACCAUGUUGGACACUGUGGAGCUGGCUACCUAUAGCGUACGCACCUUCACCCUCUAUAAGAAUGGCUCCAGUGAGAAGAGAGAGGUUCGUCAGUUCCAGUUCAUGGCCUGGCCGGACCAUGGAGUGCCUGAGUACCCCACCCCCACCUUGGCCUUCCUGCGCAGGGUCAAGGCCUGCAACCCGACAGAUGCAGGGCCCAUGGUGGUCCACUGCAGUGCUGGUGUAGGGCGGACCGGUUGCUUCAUCGUGAUCGAAGCCAUGCUGGAGCGUAUGAAGCAUGAGAAGUCUGUGGAUAUCUACGGUCAUGUGACGUGUAUGAGAGCUCAGAGGAACUACAUGGUGCAGACGGAGGACCAGUACGUCUUCAUCCACGAGGCCCUGCUAGAGGCAGCCACCUGCGGUAACACAGAGGUCCCUGCACGCAACCUGUACGCACACAUCCAGAAGCUCACCCAGGUCACGCCCGGAGGCACCGUUUCCGCCAUGGAGCUAGAGUUCAAGAAACUGUCUAACUCUAAAGCACAUACCUCAAGAUUCAUCAGCGCCAACCUCCCCUGCAACAAGUUCAAGAACCGGCUGGUGAAUAUCAUGCCUUUUGAGUCCACCCGCGUGUAUCUGCAGCCUAUCAGAGGUGUGGAGGGCUCCGACUACAUUAACGCCAGCUUCAUCGAUGGAUACAGGCAACAGAAGGCCUACAUAGCCACCCAGGGCCCGCUAGCAGAGACCACAGAGGACUUCUGGAGGAUGCUGUGGGAACACAACUCUACCAUCGUCGUCAUGCUCACCAAACUCAGAGAGAUGGGACGGGAAAAGUGCCAUCAGUACUGGCCUGCUGAGCGUUCUGCUAGGUACCAGUACUUUGUAGUGGACCCCAUGGCUGAGUACAACAUGCCCCAGUACAUCCUCCGAGAGUUCAAGGUCACAGACGCCAGGGAUGGCCAAUCCAGGACCAUUCGGCAGUUCCAAUUCACUGAUUGGCCAGAACAAGGGGUGCCAAAAACUGGAGAGGGCUUUAUCGACUUCAUUGGCCAAGUGCAUAAAACCAAGGAACAGUUCGGACAGGAUGGACCCAUCUCUGUGCACUGCAGUGCUGGUGUUGGGCGGACUGGUGUGUUCAUCACCCUGAGUAUCGUGCUGGAGAGGAUGAGGUACGAGGGGGUGGUGGACAUCUUCCAUACCGCCAAAACACUGAGGACCCAGAGACCUGCCAUGGUGCAGACAGAGGACCAGUACCAGUUGUGCUACAGGGCAGCUCUGGAGUACCUUGGCAGCUUUGACCACUAUGCAACAUAAUCACUCUCAGAAUGCACUGGGACUCCUGGGGUUCCGGAGCGCCGCCAGUGUGUCCCUUCUGAGCCAUAUACACCCGGCUGACAAAGUCCAGAAACUGCCUGAGGGGAGAAGGGAGAGGGGGGAGGAAGAAGGGAGAGGGGGGAGGAGGAGAGGGAGAGAGCACAAGUCUGACUGGGCGACCUUCAAUCAGGUGGAGCAGUACUCUUGGACUGACUGGCAUAAUAAACCUGCUUUAAAACCCUCCACUACUAAAAUCUACUCCUCAAGAAAUGAUCUAAAUGCUUCAGUGUGCUUCAUUCUGACGUCUCUAUACGUAAUGCACACAACAUAAAAUCACUAUUUCUGCCUCCUACUACUGCUGAUAUAGCAACGGUUAUUUUUCUGCUUUUAUUAUGCAUCAAUAUCAAUAUUAUUACCCAUUAUAAGUAUGUGAUUAUUAUUAUUAUUAUUUUGAAUUUAUUUUCUAAUCAUUUAUACUUUGGUUAUUGUAUGUCUUAACGUGUCUUAUUUUAAAUUAAUUACUUGUCUUUUUUUGCACAAGGGACAUGAAUUUUUAAUAUGCUCCGAGUUAUUAUUAAUACUGGAGACGUAUGCAUACUCAGAGCUGCUAAUAAUAAUUUUAUUUUUUACCAUAUUCCAAAGUUCGCUAUUCUCUGGUAGUAUUCAGUGGUAUAUGGGGGACAAUCUUUUAUACACCUUUUCACUUCCUGGUCCUUUACAAAACGACUAGCCAUCUCCACAAAAAGAGAUCAAACACAUACACCAGAGUUAGUGGACUACUAUAAAAUAAACCUAUCUACAGUGCAUUUGGAAAGUAUUCAGACCCCUUGACUUUUUCUACAUUUUGUUACGUUACCAUUCUAGAAUGGAAUAAAAACGUUUUUUCCCCCCCCGCCCCAUCACUCUACACACUAUACCCCAUAAUGACAAAGCAAAAACAGGUUUGUAGAAAUGUUUGCAAAUGUAUAUAAAAAAACAAACAGACCAUUUAAAUAAGUAUUCAGACCCUUUACUAAGUACUUUGUUGAAGCACCUUUGGCAGCAAUUACAGCCUCAAGUCUUCUUGGGUAUGACCCUACAAGCUUGGCACACUUGUAUUUGGGGAGUUUCUCCCAUUCUUCUCUGCAGAUUCAAGGACAUUCAGAGACUUGUUCCGAAGCCACUCCUGCGUUGUCUUGACUGUUUGCUGAAAGUCGUUGUCCUGUUGGAAGGUGAAGCUUCGCCCCAGUCUGAGGUCUUCAUCAAGAAUCUCUCUGUACUUUGCUCCGUUCAUCUUUCCCUCGAUCCUGACAAGUCUCCCAGUCCCUGCCUCUGAAAAACAUCUCCACGGCAUGAUGCUGCCACCACGCAUCACUGUAGGGAUGGUGCCAGGUUUCCUCCAGAUGUGACACUUGGUAUUCAGGCCAAAGAGUUCGAUCUUGGUUUCAUCAGACCAGAGAAUCUUGUUUCUCAUGGUCUGAGAGUCUAGGUGUCUUUUGGCAAACUACAAGCAGUGCCUUUUACUGAGGAGUAGCUUCCAUCUGGCCACUCUACCAUAAAGGUCUGAAAUGUUCUCCCAUCUCCACAGAGGAACUCUGGAGCUCUGUCAGGGUGACCAUCGGCUUCUUGGUCACCUCCCUGACCAAGGCCUUUCUGUGAAAGAGAGGUGCGGGGGGGCAUAAUCAACAUCAAGGUCUUCAGAGUCCAGUGUGCUAACUGCCUUGUUCAGGGGCAGAAGGACAUAUAUUUACCUUGUCAGCUCGGGGAUUUGAUCCAGCAACCUUUUGGUUACUGGCCCAACACUCUAACCACUAGGCAACUUGCCAAAUUAUGGAGGCCAUUGUGUUCUUGGGGACCUUCAAUGCUGCAGAUAUUUGUUGGUACCCUUCCCCAGAUCUGUGCCUCAACACAAUCCUGUCUCGGCACUCUAUGGACAAUUCCUUCGACCUCAUGGCUUGGUUUUUGCUCUGACAUGCACUUUCAACUGUGGGGCCUUAUAUGGAUGGGCGUGUGCCUUUCCAAAUCAUGUCCAAUCAAUUGAAUUUAAUACACGUGGACUCCAAUCAAGUUGUGGAAACAUCUCAAGGAUGAUCAAUGGAAACAGGAUGCAACUGAGCUCAAUUUUGGUCUCAGCCUGUUUCAAAGGGUCUGAAUACUUAUGUAAAUAAGGUAUUUUUGUUUUUUUAAAUAGAAUACAUUUGCAAAAAAUUCUAAACCUCUUUCCGCUUUGUUAUUAUGGGGUAUUGCGUGUAGAUUGAUUAAAUUAUUUAUUUAUUUAGUUCAGCAAUUUUAGAAUAAGGCUGUAAUGUAACAAAAUGUGAAAAAAUCGGACUACUAUCUGAGUCUGAAUACUUUCCAAAUGCACUGUAUGUUUAAAAAACUGAAUAGGCUAAUCUUGAUGACUUUUGACAAAUCUGCCAUGUACAAAUACCCAAUAACUGUUUACUGUGAUUUUCUCAAUGCCUGUCGCUCAAAGAGCUCCGGUCCAAACUCUAGACACAGCGAAAGAAAUACAGAAAACCACCGGUACAUGGAAAGUUGUUUGUUCUUUUACAUCCAGGUAGGUCGAGCAUGGCCUGAGGUUGACUGAACCAAACCAUCACUCCCGAAUGUCACAGUGGAACUGGGACCCUGGCUCUGGUCUGAUCUGACAAGCUAUACCUAGUUUGGAGAAGCAGAUAUACAGAGCUCCACAUCACAGACUAAUGUACAGCCCCAACAACAACCAUCCUAUGAGAAGUGUUGAAGUGUCCAGACAGACAGUUAUUCAUCCAUGUAUUUCUGAUUACCCUUCUGAUUCUGAACUAUGAACUGCACAUGUCCAUCUGCAAACGACUGGUCCAGCUCCCAAUGACUGGCCAGCUCUGCAGAUACAGUAACUGACAACAACCCAGAUGAACGUCUCUUCUGACUGUCACUGACUUUACAUCCAUGGUAUAACUGCUGUACUAUACUGUAUUAUCUCCUCACUGUGGUACAGAAGGAAAUUCUCCUGUAACACAAAGAAGCAGCAUCAAUGUACGGUGGAGGAUAUCUACCUUAUAGUCAAGCUUUUCUUUCUUAAGUGGUACUAUAGAAUUGCAAAAUGAGGUGAAUUUGGAUUUAGUGGGCCCGGAAGAAUGGACUACAAAACAGGAUUCAUUUCACUUUGUCUUCGAAUAGUGCCGUAGGGGUUCAAUCUUUUUUCUAUUUGUUAAUAAAAAGGAGAGGAAAAAAAUGUUGCAAAAACCUUGAUGUUAAUAAAGUUGAAAAAUGUGGUUUUUUAUAA